CGCCUUCCUGUUUGAGCUCCGGCAGGCAACCACUGGCGUCCGUGCGGAUACCAGAAUUUCGGCCGCGAAGCUUCCGGUUGAACAUCCUCAAAGGUCAAAUCUAAGAGCCGCCCGUUCGUCCCAUUUGUUGAGGCGCGCUGCAAGCUUAUCUCGUUGCACAUUCGAAAACCAAAUUGUCCCCCAGAUUUUGAUCUCUCCGCCAUCAGCUCCGUGCCACCUCGCUUCUACAAGCAGCGUUCGAAUCACCUUUCCCCACGUUCCUCUCGCCGUUGACUGCUCCAACCCCCGCAGCAACAUCCGUUGGCGCUGCUUUUGCUUUCAAGAGAAUACCGAAUACCUUACUUCUCUCGCGCAGUCCAAAACAGCCAGCAUAAUGUCGCUAUGCCAGAAUCGCUUGCAGGAGGAACGGAAGCAAUGGCGAAAAGACCACCCGUUUGGCUUCUAUGCCCGGCCGCAGAAGAAUGCCCAGGGAGUGCUUGAUCUCAAGGUUUGGGAGUGCGGCAUUCCGGGCAAAGAGAAGACGAUUUGGGAGGGCGGUCUGUUCAAGAUGAUAGUGACGUUCCCUGACGAAUAUCCCACAAAGCCCCCCAAAUGCAAAUUCGUGCCCCCGCUCUUUCACCCCAACGUCUACCCCUCUGGCACCGUCUGCCUGUCCAUUCUGAAUGAGGAAGAGGCUUGGAAACCGGCGAUCACGAUCAAGCAGAUCCUUCUCGGCGUCCAAGACCUCCUCAACGACCCCAACCCGGAGUCUCCAGCUCAGGCGGAGGCGUACAACAUGUUCAAGAAAGACCGGAUGCAGUAUGAGAGGCGAAUCAAGCAAAUCGUGCGCGAGAAUGCCGCGCCGUAAAUCGACCACCCCUUUCAAUGUUUCUACCCAGCAUCG